CAGGCAAGGACGAGGCGAUUGCCCGGAUGCAGUCGGAGGUGGAGGCGCUCAAGCAGCAGAUGGACACCACACUCGGCAUGCUCGUAAUCAUGGAACAAUCGGGGCUGGACGAGAACCGGUUCCGUCCCAAUUGUGUGUGCGUAUUGUGUGUCGUGUGCAGCUUCAGAUGACUCUCACGACGGACGUAUUAUGGACUGGACAGCAGGAGAGAGGCCGUCCUUUCGACACGGCACAUACGCGCUCUCCCUGCCUCUGUGGUGGCGUGUUGCGUUGUGUGUUUGAAUGCAACGUGUGUGUCAGGUUCGGCGUCUCGAGAGUGAGGUGUCUCGUCUGUCGUACGCGCAGACUCAGCUGGAGGAGGAGGUGCGGAAGCUGGAGGAGGUGAGGGCCGACGUGGAGGGCAUACAGAAGAUACUCAAACAUACACCCAUCACACAAAUGAUACUCGCACACAUACAGGUCAGCCAGGGAACAGGUGGGCGGGUGAGUGUGGAUGCACUAACUGCAUGGGAGCAUUCCCGCUAUUUCGCUGUCAGGAGGUUCAGUCAUCUUCUUCGGCAGGAGCAGCAGCCGCCCCAGGCUCGGCGUCUCCCGCUCAUGUCUCGCAGGUAACCCACCCGCAGAUGCCAGCGACUUUUGGCAGCAUACUCCCAUGCAAUGCUGUCUGUCUGUCUUGUGCAUGUCAGGUGCAGGGCGAGCCUGCAGAGCUUCUGGACAUCGCCUCAGGCGUCCAGGAAAUCCAAUCCGUCCUGGAAAAGCUACAGAUCAAGGCAACCACACACACACGCGAACACAAACCACUAUUCCCCUUUGACGAAUGAAUGCAUAAAUGCAGGAGGGCAACACGUCGCCACCUCCUGGGCGCCACCGGACCCAGGGCACCUGCUCCACACGUGGUUACGAGUCGCCGGGAAACACCAGCCUGUGGACGGCCGGACAGGCCGACGAGAGGUCCAUGAACGGCACUGCCGGGGCCGGGGCGGGGGCGGGAGGGCAGGGGAAUGCUGCCGGGUUGCCUUACGACACGUUGGCGACAGUGGCCCAGAUACAGAAACUGACUGAUUCAGUCAACCACCUGCAUGUGAGGGAACAAGCAGCCAGUAAAGAGCACUCAAGGACAUCUAUCCCAUACCGUCUCUCCUGAUUGGGAUGGGAUGUCUGCAGGGCAAGCUCAAUCGGCACAUCGCUGUGGCGGCCUCCCGCGCGUCCUCUCUGAGGUCAGGCCGCAUGAACGACCAGUACAUCCCCACCCCGACCACCCCCAACACGGUCCGCCACUACCCCUCCGGCGCCCUUAAGUGCCACAUCGCACCGCUGCCCACGCUGUCCAUCGACGAAGAUGAGCCAUCCAAGGAGCAGCAGCACAAGGGAGCCGACGGAUUCCUGCUGCCGCCUGCGCGUGCAGACGGCAAGGACGGAAGGUGAGCAAUACACAGAGGGCAUACCAGGCAGACAUAAGAAAUGAUUGUGUGUAUAAGGAAUAUGGCCGCGAGUGGAGCAUUGGAUUUUCUCCACCCGAUGCCCACUGCCCCGCCCCCGUCCGUGGCAGCGUCGCUGUCGGUGUCAUCCGCAUCGCCGUCUCAGGGCCUGGGCGGGAAGAAUGCUCCACCUGGGGCUCAGGCGGAGGAAGACAAGGAGAAGCUGGGAGGCACCGGGGGCAAGUCGGGGGCACCCUCUACGCCUAGGGAGGACACUGAUGGAGGUAUUGAGGGAAAAGAAUGUGUGUAUUGCGGGUUGUGUGUUUGGUUGGUUGAUUGAUUGUUUGGUGGUUAUGCAGAGCGCGGCAACAGCUGUCCAUCUUCCAACCCUGGGGUCGACAGCGAAUAUGAGAGCUACUACUGCUCUGAUGACAACAGCAACACCACUCCGCCAGCGCCCAAGCCCAUGACCACUAUGAGCGGCCACCACCACAGCUCCCUCUCCAGCAGAAAGACCAAGCGGAGGAGCCUCAAUAACACGGACACCCACAACCUCCCCCUGGAGCCCCUGUCGGUUUCGCCCGACAGCAGCGGCAGAGUCAAGUCUGGGGUCACUCCCCCAGUGAGCCCACGAGACGUGGAAGUCACGAUGGAGGAGCCUGCAAAGGGGCACAGCGCCAGUGAAGACGAGAAGGGCGUAGCCGCGGCCAGCAACAGCGUCUCCAGGCGGCCCUCCUCCCGGGACCGCCCCUACCGCCCUCGCGGCAGCAUGAAGGCCCGCCACUCACCGGGCAGCAGCACCAACUUCGCCCAGUCGCUGUCUCGCAUGUUCCAGACCUUCUCACCGUUUGCCGGCAUGGACCGCCAGAGCUCCGGGGGCCUUCCCGGCUUCACCUCCCCCGCCCCCAUGAGGGGGUCGGCCAGCGCCCGGUUCUCUGCGCCCGCUGCCAUGUCGAGCACCAAGGAUGACAGCCCCUCCGACACGACCACCACAUCCGACGCGCUUCACGCCGAGGCGGCGACCGCGGACCAAGGAGACGAGACCACACCGAGGGAGUACGAGAGUGAGGUGGCUGCUGCCGGUGCUGGUGAUAGUGCCGUUGAGGGAGCUGCCGGGGCGAAAGGGGCGGCUGACGUGGUGGCAUGAACAGACCGUCUGAGCGCGGUGUCAUGGUGCGUAAUCUUUAUCAUUUCGGCGCGAAUGGAUUGGUUGGAUUUGUGGUGGUGCAUGGUGCGGGAUGCAUUGCGUCCAUCGAUCGGUGGCUGACUGGCUGAGUGAGCAAAUAUGUUGGAGGAACGGCCACACGCACAUACGUUGGCCAGACAGGCGGGCAAUGCCUGAUGCAUGCGUGUGGGAGACUGGCGUUAGACUGAUUGAAUUGAACGGCGUCG